AUGUUGUUCAACAAGCUAUUUAAGAAGAAAACGGAGCUGGAAGUGGACGUGUACAUGAUAAAGGACGAGGAGUGCAGCCCACAUAUGCUUGAUUCCAAAUUGUACGUUAACAGCAGGGGCAAGGGGAAUGAUGACCAGGUAAUCAUAUGGAACAACUCGAAAAAACUUACCCUUAAUGAAGAUUCCAUCCACGACUUCAAGUACCAUGAGCUAGACAUGUGUCAAUUUAAAUACAUAAAAAAUGGACUAGUGGAAGAGUACGGAUUGGUUUUUUCGAAGGUCCAAAACAUGUAUUAUUUCUUUAAGUACAUAAUGUUGUCCUAUUUGAAGGGAAAUAUAGUUUUGUGCAGAAGGGUUAAUCUGUUUAAGUAUGAGGAACCGGUAAAGGUACUCUACAAGAAGGACCAUCUUGGUCUUUUAACAUUUAACACGGCCAAGUGUGAACAUCUGUUAGUUGUUCUGGCCCCGGAAAAGCCUCCUCUUGCCGAAGCGCAGCGUAGUCACCUGGAUGUGGCGUGCGAGCACCUGUAUGAAGAACUUACCAUGGAAAAUGUGAGGGAGCUGUACAAGAGGAAUCGGGUGUUCCUCAUUUACGUGUUGAAUUCCUUCAACGAUAUUUAUUUGAGCAGGCAGUCCAUCGGGAUCCACGUCCACAGGUACCUGGUCAGCAGCCUGUUCAGGUUCUUCGAGUACAAAGCUCUGUACGAGGGAGGUGACCGCUACGAGGAGUACUUCGCAGAAGAGGUAUCAGGAGAAGCACUCACGGGGGAAGAGUCACUCAAGAGAGAAGAACCAAACGUGGUGGUACUAGCAGGCCCCUCCGUCGGGAACUCUCAAACGGCAGCCGAGGGAGACUCGUACUACGACAUGAACGCAACCCCAAUUGAGGACUACGAUUUGGCAUCCUUGGACAAGGUUGUGGAGGGAGAAAUUGAGAGGAUGGACAGGGGAGGACAACAAAGGAGUGACAAAACGGGGAGGGACAAACGGGCGAAGCGCGCGAAGGGAAGGAAACCCUCAGAGGAACAGAAGUACAAGGAAGGGGAGAGACACACAGAUGGACAGAUGCAGGACAGAUCCGAGAACGAACUCCCUCCGCAGCUGUACCAGAUGAGCGAAAAAUUUCUCAUCAUUCUGGAGUCGGAGGAUGUCCUCAUGGACCACAUCAGGGGGAUACUCAUCUACAGACAAGAUUUCCAAAAUGAUAUCGUCAGCAUCAAGAGGAACUUCAUGGAGACGCAAGGUACGACUGAAGGGACAACCGGAACGGUGGCAGACGCAACUGAGGGAGAGUUCCACAUGGGGGGGUCCACCCCGAAGGAUGGGUUCGUCCUUCUCUCCGAGUCGGACGCGACUGACCUGACUGACGUAGCUGAUUCUUCUGACAUGACCGAGGUGGACACACAAUACAUAAGAGACAGGACGAGGAACAUGGAUGGUAUGAAAUACAAAUUUGUGAAUACCAGUGGGAAACUGUCCUUUGUGUUGAGGCAGAAUCACAUCCCACAUAAAAGGAAGCGAAGAGUUAAGAUCAACAAGAAAAGUGAAUCCUCAGGAAGAGAAAUAAACUACGACGACGUACGGAACGACCUGAACAUAUAUACCUUUGAUGAAUAUGGAAAGGAAAAAAAAAUUUACAAGUCAAGUGAAGAAAUUUUCAGAUAUAAAAAUGAGCAGUGUGUUCCAAAAAGCAUCCAUGUAAAUGAUGAACAAGGAAAUAAAAUACUCUUCCUGAACGAAAGGAAUGAUAAGCACUUAUUCAUUUUUGAUACGAAUAAAGAGAAAAUUGUGAAAAAGUGGGAUACAGAAAAUGUACCAAUAAGUCAGCUGAUCAGGAAGGAAGAAAACAUUUACUGUGGGUACAACAAGAAAAGUUUGUACUUUGUCGAUACUAGGAUUAAAUCCUGUGUGCAAAAUGCAUUGUUGUAUGGGAGAAACACACCAGACAUUGAGCAAGCCACUGUGGACAACAAGGGCAGAAUUAUAUUAACCAAUGCUAAGGGAGAGAUUAAAUAUUACGAUGGAAAAAUAAAUAAAAAUAAUGUCCUUAAGAAGAGUAAAAAUGUCUUGUUGUGUGCAAAUGACAUUGUGCAUUUGUGUACAACGACUGAUGGAGUGUAUUCGAUUGUUACUUGCCAAAAAAGUGUUGUCAUAUGCGAGAAUUAUAUUCGAAGUUGUAGCCUUUUUGAGCGAGUCAUUAAAAAGGAGGAGCGCCUCGAACAGAACAAAUUCCUCCUACAAAUUCACUAUGUUGAUGUUUUUACAUACAAUCUUGGGGAUUACAAAUUUGAGAAGAGCACCAUCAGUAGUGACAACACCCUCCUUUUUACCUUGUCUGCCAAGUUUUACGUCGUUUGGAACUUUAAGCAGAUACUGAAUGGGCGCAUUUCCUAUGUCAUUAAGAAGGCCGCGGAGGACAUUUCUGAUCUCUCCUACUUCAACAUUAGCGAUGUGCAGGGUGUUCUCGUCGCGACGGAGAAUUCUUUCAAGUCGAAAAAAAUCACCAGCGUUUAG